CGAGGCGGAUGUCCGGGCCGGCUGGGCCGGGGCGACGGACGAGAUGGCGGAAGGCCGAGGCUGCUGUGAGCGACCGGAUGUAGAGACCCAGAAGUCCGAGCUCGGAGCCUUGAUGAGGACCACGCUCCAACGGGGAGCGCAGUGGUACCUUAUUGACAGCCGGUGGUUCAAGCAAUGGAAGAAGUAUGUGGGCUUCGAUAGCUGGGACAUGUACAAUGUGGGUGAACAUAACUUGUUUCCUGGGCCAAUAGACAACUCCGGACUCUUUUCAGAUCCUGAGAGCCAGACCUUGAAAGAACACCUAAUUGAUGAACUGGACUAUGUAUUGGUCCCGACUGAGGCCUGGAAUAAAUUACUAAAUUGGUAUGGUUGUAUAGAAGGCCAACAGCCCAUUGUCAGAAAAGUUGUGGAACAUGGCCUGUUUGUCAAGCACUGUAAAGUGGAGGUGUAUUUGCUGGAACUGAAGCUCUGUGAGAACAGCGAUCCCACCAACAUGCUGAGUUGCCAUUUCAGCAAAGCAGAUACCAUUGCAACCAUUGAGAAGGAGAUGCGGAAACUGUUCAACAUCCCCGCCGAGCGAGAAACACGGCUCUGGAACAAAUACAUGAGCAACAACUAUGAGCAGUUGAACAAACUAGACAACACUAUUCAGGAUGCUGGGCUGUACCAGGGUCAGGUGCUAGUCAUUGAACCCCAAAACGAAGAUGGCACAUGGCCCAGACAGAUCUUACAGUCAAAAUCAAGUACUGCGUCUAGCAGACAUUUUACUACCUCUCCAAAACCAUCAGCAAGUUCCUAUUCCACAGUGUCUGCUUCUCCCAUUGCAAAUGGUGAUAGCACUAACACCUCUGGGAUGCACAGUUCCGGUGUCGGCAGGGGAAAAUGCCUGAGCAACACUGCCCCGCUGACUGACUACUUUCUCAAAGACGAAUAUGAAGCUGAAAUUAACAGAGACAAUCCUCUAGGGAUGAAAGGAGAGAUCGCAGAGGCCUACGCAGAGCUCAUUAAGCAGAUGUGGUCUGGAAGGGACUCUCACGUGGCUCCUCGCAUGUUCAAAACCCAAGUGGGACGUUUUGCACCUCAGUUUUCUGGCUACCAACAACAAGACUCUCAGGAGCUGUUAGCCUUUAUUCUAGAUGGAUUGCAUGAAGACCUGAACCGAGUCAAAAAGAAACCCUACCUGGAGCCGAAGGAUGCCAAUGGGCGGCCAGAUGCGGUAGUGGCAAAGGAAGCCUGGGAGAAUCAUAGGCUGCGGAAUGAUUCAGUGAUUGUGGACACUUUCCACGGCCUCUUCAAAUCUACUUUGGUUUGUCCAGAAUGUGCAAAGGUUUCCGUGACCUUUGACCCAUUUUGCUAUCUAACUCUCCCACUGCCCUUGAAGAAAGAUCGAGUUAUGGAGGUCUUCCUGGUUCCUGCUGACCCUCGCUGCAGACCUUCCCAGUACCGUGUGACUGUGCCACUGAUGGGAGCCGUGUCUGACCUGUGUGAGGCGCUCUCCAAGUUGUCUGGCAUUGCUGCAGAAAAUAUGGUGGUCACAGAUGUGUAUAAUCACCGGUUCCACAAGAUUUUCCAAAUGGAUGAAGGUUUAAGCCACAUCAUGCCCAGGGAUGACAUUUUUGUGUACGAGGUCUGCAGCACCUUCGUGGAUGGCUCAGAAUGUGUCACCCUUCCAGUCUACUUCAGGGAGCGGAAGUCCAGGCCAUCGAGUACUUCUUCCGGGGCAGUGCUGUUUGGGCAGCCCCUGCUCGUUUGUGUCCCCAAGCACAAGCUCACCCUGGAAUCUUUGUACGAGGCUGUGUGUGAUCGUAUCAGCCGCUAUAUAAAACAGCCUUUGCCUGACGAGUUUGGCAGCUCGCCCUUGGAGUCUGGGGCUUGCAACGGCGCCAGGGGCAGCUGUGAAGGAGAUGAAGAAGAAGAAAUGGAGCAUCAAGAAGAAGGCAAAGAGCAACUUUCAGAAACGGAAGGCAGUGGUGACGAUGAGCUGGGGGAUGACCCCAGUGAAUCUAGCCAAAAGCCAGGCAAAGGACAGCCAUGCCCCCAGAGACUUUUUACCUUCAGUCUUGUGAACUCCUAUGGGACGGCUGACAUAAAUUCACUGGGAACCGAUGGAAAGCUACUCAAACUCAACUCUCGAUCCACACUGGCCAUCGACUGGAACAGUGAGACCCGGAGCCUUUACUAUGAUGAACAAGAGUCUGAGGCUUUUGACAAGCACGUGAGCAUGUUACAGCCCCAAAAGAAGAAGAAAACCUCAGUGGCUCUGAGAGAUUGCAUCGAGCUCUUCACCACCAUGGAGACUUUGGGAGAGCAUGACCCUUGGUACUGUCCCAAUUGUAAGAAGCACCAGCAGGCCACAAAGAAAUUCGACCUCUGGUCCUUGCCCAAGAUCCUGGUGGUCCACCUCAAACGUUUCUCCUACAACAGAUACUGGAGGGAUAAACUGGACACUGUUGUGGAAUUCCCAGUCAGAGGUCUGAACAUGUCCGAGUUUGUCUGUGACCUAUCAGCAAGGCCUUACGUGUAUGACCUCAUAGCUGUGUCCAAUCACUAUGGAGCCAUGGGAGUUGGCCACUACACUGCAUAUGCAAAGAACAAACUGAAUGGGAAAUGGUACUACUUCGACGACAGUAAUGUUUCUCUGGCCUCUGAGGACCAGAUAGUGACGAAAGCUGCCUAUGUGUUGUUUUACCAGCGUCGGGACGAUGAGAGUUACAAGACGCCUUCCUCACUCGCCAGUUUUCCUGGUUCCUCUGAAGGGAGGAUGAGGCCGAGCAACGCCCAGCAGGGUCUGGGAGACGACGAAUCUUGUAGCAUGGACACCAACUGACGCUGACUCAGUCCACUCCGCCACCCCCCCGCAGCAAUGUCCUCUCCCAUCCCCUAGGAGAUGAUACUGAUGGCACUCUGAAGACUUGUUAAUGUUCAAUCUAGGAAAAAAAAAAAAAAAAACCAGAUGAGAAAAUUCCCCUCCUUUUAUGAGAGAAGAGAGAGAGAGAGAGGGAGGAAAAAAAGACCAUUUGCUCAGAAGAGUUAUGUCAAGAGGCUGAAUUAUUUUUCUUUUUAAACAGGUGGUCAGAUUAAAAAAAACAAAACCUGUGGAGCUGAGAAGUGGGGUGCGGUUUAGGGUGCACAGUGAAAUACAUGUCUCAAUGAUCCCAAAGACUGGAGAGGAACAUCUUGUAAUGGAAUAUGGUGCAGCUACGAAGACCCAACGGCAAGGCUGCUCUGAACUCCUGGGUUUCUGGUUCUGAUGCUCGUAUACUGGUUGCCCCAGUAGUCUGGCCACAGUAAACAGAGCCUUGAGUAAAUCUU